AUGCCACCGAAACAAGCACAACAAAAAGCGAAGCCGAAAGCCGCGAACACCUCAGAUAAGAAUAUGGCCAACGAUAACGCUGGGGCGGAGCAAUGCAAUAUUCCAGAGCAUGAAAUUAAACAGAAUGCUGGCGUAUCUGCCAGCAUGGCGCUGCAGGCAGGUCAAAAGGCUUGGGAGUUGAGACAAGCGGCACAUGGAGCUGGCGAUGCAAAGGCAAGGGAAGAGAUUUUGGCGAAAGCAAUCAACAAGGAGAUUGAAGCUGAAAGCUUCGGAAAAGCCGCAAAGUACACACAGACUGGUGCUUUCCAGGGUCUUGCAGCUGGUGCAGGGUUGGGAGUACAGCCGGGUGUUACCGUCGGGAAAUUGACCGGAGCGCUCGUCGGUGGCGUGGUAUCAACGGUGACUGGUCUUCUUGGUGGAGGUAUUGGCUCCGUGUAUGGUGCCAUGUCAGGUCCAUUCUGGGAUCUGGGAGAAAUGGCAAGCCAAGGAGUUCAAGGAGUUGUGGGGGACUUCCUUCCUGAUAUCAAGUCGACACCAUCGCAAAAGAAGGCAUUGGAGAAGAUGGUUAUGCAAACAAAAGAGACGCAAGCACCUUCAAAGGAAGAGUUGGAUCAGAUGAAAAAUGACGCACCGGAUCAAAUGCCGCAGUCUUGGUCACAGUCAGCAAAAGAUAUGACAAGUUGGCGACCGAAGAUGCCGAGUAUGCCGUCAGCCAAGGGUGUAGGGGGCGCGCUUGGAUUGGGAGGCGUCGGGGCUGCUAUGAACCCUUGGGGAGGAAAGGGCGAAGAUCAAACGCAACAAGGCUCUUCUCAGCCAAAGCAACAACCGCAGAAGCAAGCCCAGAAGGCCUCGACCCCGACACCGAAACAGCGGAAGAAGCCUAGGAAGUUGGGACAGCCGGUUGGAGACGCGCAGAAGAGCGGGGAUGGUGCACCGACGCCGGCUGCGAAGAAGGCGCCGCGGAAGUUGCAGCAGAAGAGUGCUGCUGCUGUGUGA